CUAAGGGUGGUACCUUUGUAGACACUACUCAAAUGGACGAAAACAACGCAAGGGUUUUUGUUUCUUCCAUAGUUACAUGUCUUCUUAUCUUGUUCACUUGGAACAACGUUGUUCCACAAGUUGAGGGUCGAGCAUUUUUUGUUUUUGGCGAUUCGCUAGUUGAUAAUGGCAACAACAACUACCUACUCACCACUGCUCGUGCCGACGCAUAUCCUUAUGGCAUUGAUUAUCCCACUCACAGAGCCACUGGGCGUUUCUCCAAUGGCCUCAACAUCCCGGACAUUAUCAGUGAGCAAAUUGGCUCAGAACCCACAUUGCCAUACUUGAGUCCGCAGCUCAAUGGAGAGAGGCUGCUCGUUGGUGCCAACUUUGCUUCUGCUGGGAUAGGAAUUCUCAAUGACACUGGAAUUCAGUUUAUAAAUAUAAUCCGAAUCACCAGACAGUUGCAGUACUUUGAGCAGUAUCAACAAAGGGUGAGUGCACUAAUCGGAGAAGAACAGGCUCGACGAUUGGUGAACCAAGCACUGGUUCUCAUAACCUUAGGUGGCAAUGAUUUUGUUAACAACUAUUACCUGGUGCCAUUCUCUGCAAGAUCACGCCAAUUUGCACUUCCAGACUACGUUGUAUACCUUAUUUCUGAGUAUCGCAAAAUUCUUGUGAGGCUUUAUGAAUUGGGGGCAAGGCGAGUUUUGGUGACUGGAACGGGACCAUUAGGUUGCGUGCCGGCAGAAUUAGCCCAACGUAGUAGAAACGGAGAAUGCGCAGUUGAUCUGCAACGUGCUUCUGACUUGUUCAACCCCCAGCUCGUCGAAUUGGUCAAUCAACUCAACGCUGAAAUUGGCUCAGUCAUCUUUAUUUCGGCAAAUGCUUUCGCAAUGAAUAUGGAUUUUAUUAGCAAUCCACAAGCAUACGGAUUUGUGACAUCAAAAGUUGCAUGCUGUGGUCAAGGACCUUACAAUGGGAUUGGACUAUGUACUCCGGUGUCUAAUCUGUGCUCAAACAGGGAUGCAUUUGCAUUUUGGGACCCUUUCCAUCCAAGUGAGAAAGCAAACAGAUUGAUUGUAGAAAGAUUCAUGAUCGGAUCCUCCAAAUACAUGAACCCAAUGAAUCUUAGUACCAUUAUGCUUUUGGAUUCAAGGACCUAAUAACGCUACCAUACCUUCUGCACAAGAUGUUGUAUUAUAUAUUGAUUGUUUAAACUAUAUUGUUAAGAUUAUUUGAAAUCAUGGAAUUUCUCAUAUGAAUUUUUUUUUCCCUCUGAGCUUUGCUUUGAGAGGAAAAAAGGGCAAGUCCAUGGAUUUCUAUGUUAAGUUAUUGUGUCGAUGGAUGUCCACAGCUUUAGGGAUUGUAACUUAUGAGCCAUGGACGUUUGGUUCAGUUGGGUAGAAUUAUUUGUGAGUAGAGCCUGAGCCCAAAAUACUAU